AAAAGAAAAAAAAUGUGAAAAAUAAACGAGAAAUGGCAUGUGAUUUCCCAUCAAAGUCCAGCUCCCCCAACGGUCAAAAGAAAUGCGUUCAAUGAUAAACCAACGGUCAUCUACUUCCCUCUCCGCCAGCUAUCGUCUCCCUCCCCAAAACUCCCAGAUCAUUUCAUCAUUCUCCGGUUAAAUUUCCGACCAACCGCUGCAAUCUCUCCGGCGGACCAUCAACAUUCUUCAAUCUAAUCCACCCUUCUCUUCUUUUCUUGGAAUGGAAAUAGCCGUAAUCGAUUGGAAGAGCUUGGAUUCAAGAUUUGUAAAGGACGACACCCUCGAGCAGUUCAACGCCCCGCAGUGGGUGGACUUCUCCGCCCCCGAUGACUCCAUUGACGACGAAGCUUGGUUCUGCCGGCCAGAUUGCAAUCAUCCCAAGACUGUGGAUGAUUUCUAUAGAGCCGGUGUAACCCCGCCUUCAAAGAAGCUUCAGAGGUCAGCCACUGUUUCUGAGAAUCAUCUGAUUCGGGAGCGAAUUCGAAGGGGGAAAGCUUUCCAGGGGACUGGUUUGAUGAAAGAUGGGAUCUUUGAAGAGGACAGUGAGAAUCAAAACCCCAAUUUGAAGACUCCGCCAAGAAACAAAGCUAAGCUGAUGAAGGAGGCAUUCAAGUCAAGCUCGGAGAAGAAGAAGAUGGGCGUCAUGGAGAAAGAACCCACGACUCAGAAGCUGAGAAGCACCCAGUCAGCAAGAAAUCUGUUCUCCGGCGGGGAUUUUCUGAACCGGGUAACCGAGUUCUGUAACGAGCUGAAGAAAUUCGCGGUAAGGGGUUCGGAGAGAGAGAGAGCCGGGGACAAGAAUGUGGAAAAGACUCCAUUAAUGGAGGAGAAGAAGAAGGAUGAAAAUACUUUAAUGGGGAAGAAGAACAUCCCCAAAGAGAAGCCCAGAAAGAAUCAGAUAAGAAGUGAAAAUGCAGAAAACACACCAAUGAGAAUAGACGUGAUGAAGAACAGUAGUAAGCGGACAGGGGAGGAGAUCCUGUCACAGAUCAGGACCAACCCUCCGACUCCGCAGUGUUUCUCGGAGAGCCGCCGCGGCGGACCCACCAAAGCUACACCGUCGUCCGGGGCUCUCAGCUCCCGGACCCCUCCCCAUCCUUAUCGAGACAGAGGAGUUCUUAGAGAGCUGGGGAAGAAGGGCGUGGGGAACAGGGAGGAUAAAGGGGACAAAUCUGGAAACAGAGCUAACCAUGGCGGCGGCGGCGGCGGAGGUAGUGCGGUGAAUGACUCUUUGCCGGGAUUAGAUGUGUUCUGGUUCUUAAAGCCUUGCGCGCUUUCUUCAACAUGAACAACACCAUAUAAAACACAGCAUUUCAAUUUCAAUUAUUAGUUGACAACAAAUAAUGUAUUGUAAUUUGUAUGAUGUGGGACUAGACUCUAUGGGCGGAGUUUUGACGAAUAUUAAAGAAGGAAUUAAAAGAAUUUGGGGGGCUCGUCUUGUUUCGAAAAAUGGAAGAUUUUCUGUAAGUCUAAAGGUAGAAAAGAAAUAGUUUUUGCAAAAGAUAUCCACAUUAGAUGGAAUAGUACAUACAAAUUGAUUCAUCAGAUUCUAAAAUAUAAAGAGGAACUUGCUGAAUUUUUUAGUGAUGAACUUCGUAUAAUCAUUGAUCCUUUUGAAUUUGUACUUGUUGAAAAAUUGAAUGCCGUAUUAGAAGUUGUUUUAAUAACGCAACUCUUACUUUUUCUCAUGUUUACCAACCAACUACAAAUACAUUUUUAAAAGAGUGCGUUACAAUCGCAACAUGUUUUCGUGAAAGUAAGGCUGAUCCAGAUUUGUACCCAUAUGUCUCUCCUAUGAUACAAAAAUGGUGUUCUUAUUAUUUGUACAUUCCUGAUAUUUAUAAAAUAGGUAUUAUUUGUGAUCCACGCUUUAAAAUUGAAAAUUAUAAAAUUUUAAUUGAUUAUUACUACAAGUGUUUUUUAGAUGAANAAAGGGAAGCGUGCUCAUUCUUCGACGAGUUCAAGUGGUACAACAGUAAGCUCGCACAACGAACUUGCUAUGUACCAGGGUGUGCCAUGCGAUUACGAUGAAGACGAAGUGGAUUUUGACGUGCUCGGAUGGUGGAAGCGGAACGAACACAUGUUCCCAUGUCUCGGCAUGCUAGCAAGACAAGUGUUAUCCGUUCUGGUAUCAACCGUAGCAGUUGAACGAGAAUUCAGUGCUGGCGGCAACAUUCUAACCGACUUUCGAAGUUGUCUUAGCGCUGAAUCUCUUGAAACACUUGUUUGCAACCAAUAUUGGCUCUUGG